AUGGAGUCCACGAAGAAUGAUCUAAACUAUCAACUCCCCAAGGAUGCGGCCGUGAAUGACCACAAACACUAUCGGCUCUCCAACGACCAGAUCGAACACUUCAUGCGGCAUGGAUACGUCCGCCUGAGCAACUGCUUCUCCCGGGAGAAGGCAGCCGAGUGGACGGCAGAUGUGUGGACACGGCUCGGCUACUCCCCGACAGACAAGUCAACCUGGGCCACCGAACGCAUCCAUAUGCCCCAGCACAAGGAGGAACCCGUUCAAACCUUCGCCCCCAAAGCAUGGGCUGCCAUCUGCGAGCUGCUCGGCGAGGACCGCGUGGCGGCGCCCUCGGCCACCUGGAACGACGCCUUCAUCCUCAAUCUUGGCACGGAGGAGUCGCAAGGCAAGUGGCUCCAUCCGGCUGAUUUGGACGGCUGGCAUGUGGAUGGCGACUUUUUCAUCCAUUUCCUUGAUUCGCCGGAGCAAGCGCUGCUGGUCAUUCCCUUAUUCACCGAUAUCAAGGAACAUGCGGGUGGCACCAUGGUCUGUUCUGAUGCCAUCAAGAAGAUAGCCCAGCAUCUGUAUGACCAUCCGCACGGUGUCUCCCCAUACAUGGUUCCCCGUGGUCAGCCCGAUGACCAGAGUGGUGACUUCUACGACGAUGUCGUCCAAGGAUGCCAUGAGUUUCAUGAGAUGACCGGCAACGUGGGAGAUGUGAUUCUGCUUCAUCCGUUGAUGGUCCAUUCGGCUUCGGUCAACAGUCUGAGGAUCCCGCGCAUCAUCACCAACCCACCAGUCUCGUUGAAUGCGCCAUUUAAUUUCGAUCGCAACGAUUCGAGCCAUUACAGUAUUGUAGAGAGGAAGACUCUCCGUGAGCUGGGGAAAGAUCGCUUGCGCGGCUGGAAAAUCCAGGGUGGCAGGGAGUAUAUAACUCCCGAGCGAUUGAAGGCCCAGGAGCAGAUGAAGGAGCAGGAGUUGGAACGACUCACAUCAGCCUCCGUUCCCCCUGAGGUUCCUCUUGGCACCAAGCCGGGUCAAACUGCGCGGCGACGAGAUAAAUGCAGCCUCAUGUGA